AUGCUCGUCUCCAGUCUUUUGUCGCUGGCCCUCGCAGGCUCUGCCCAAGCCCUCAAUAUCCUGCUGAACAAUGAUGAUGGUUUUGCUUCGGGUAACCUGCGAGAAGUAUACCGCCUUCUAAACGCGGCUGGUCACAAUGCUUGGAUUGUUGCGCCGGCCACUAAGCAAAGCGGCAUGGGCGGUAAAAGCGACUUCAGCGGCGAGGGCAACUUGACUGCUGCAUCGCAGUACGAUUUAAUUCCCAAAGGCGCACCCUCCAUUGGCAGUGAUCCCCACGACAGCCACAUUUGGUACUACAACGGCACUCCUGCGUCUUGCACCUUCGUCGCUCUCGACUACGUGCUACCUCGCUUCGCCGAUUUCAAGGUUCCCGAUCUCGUCCUGACAGGCCCCAACUUUGGCACCAACCUUGGACCUUUUGUCUGGACUCUCUCUGGCACUGGUGGUGCUGCCUACGCCGCCACUCACCGCAGCGUCCCUGCUAUCGCGCUCUCUGGUAGCAACCCAGAGGUGCCCUACUUUGACGUCAAAAACGGCAGCGACCCGGCCACACUCGUCGCCAAGAUGGCCGUCAAGGUUGUCGACCAGGUCAUCAAGAGCAGCCCCAAGGGCGGCCCUCUGCUGCCUCUCGGAUACGGCCUCAACGUCAACAUUCCCGAGCUCAAGGCCAACGGCACCGAGCCCGAGAUUGUGCGCACCCGCAUGACGGGCAACGCGCACGUCAACGAAGCGGUGUGGGACCCCAAGAAGGGCAUAUUUACCUGGGCCAACAUCAAGCCCUACGCUGCUGGCGUAAACGCGUGCACGCACGGCGAUUGCUCGCUUCCUGGCGAGACAUACGUGGUUGAGAACGGUGGCAUUUCGGUCUCCAUUUACACCGUUGACUAUGAUGCGCCGUCGAGCGAAUAUACGAGCAGCAUCAUGAAGCGCCUCAAGCCUCUUACCAAAGCCGGCUAA